UUAACUAUAGGAGUUUAAAAGUUUAUUUUACCAAAUACUUUUCAGGAAGGGAAGGGAUUGCAGAAAAGAUAUAGCAUGGAUAGCUACUUCACGAAGAAAGUUUGUGACUAAGCUAUAAGGACUGGAAUUUUUCGUGCUGACUGCUAAAACAGAGGAUUCCUUGUCUUGAUUGUAUAUGUGAAACUGGACCCUAAAAUAACAAAACUCAGAUGUUCUUGCUACAGAUACUUAUAUAGUCAAAUGAAUUAAGUCAGCUACAAAUAAUUUGAUACAAAAUCCUCAGCUACCCCUUCGUCUCGUUGUCCUUUCAAGUAUGCCUGAUUUUGUUUUACUUGUUAUAUUCUCAUCGACUAUAGUCUAUAAAUGCACGAGAUGCUAUAUCUUGAGAUAAGUAUACAAGUUAUUCUUGGUUUGCUUGAACCAUGAGACAUUUGACAAGCGCGAGAUUUGAGGAAACGGCAAAGUCAUCUCCCAGCAAGAAGAAACUUUCGAGAGUAUUCUCUGAGGACUACGAGAUAGUGCAGAAGAAGAUAUUUGAUCCACGAGGAUCUUUUCUGAGCACGUGGAAUAAAUAUUUCCUAAUCUCAUGUCUGAUUUCCCUCUUCGUGGACCCCCUCUUCUUCUAUUUACCCAACGUUGAGCAAGAAGCGUGCAUGCAGUCCUCCGUCCCCCUCGAGAUAGCUCUCACGCUCACUCGUUGCAUCGUCGAUGCAUCUUAUGUGAUUCACAUCUUUGUCCGGUUCAGGACGGCCUACACUGCCCCUUCCUCUCGCAUAUUUGGGAGGGGGGAGCUGGUUAUCGACUCCUCCAAGAUUGCUUCGCGAUAUCUUCGUACACACUUUUGGUUUGAUCUGUUAGCCGCUCUGCCUCUUCCGCAGCUGCUGAUAUGGGUUGUGAUCCCAUGUCUGAGAGGUUCAAAUGUGAUCGGGGCGAAACACGGGCUCCGCGUCACCAUCAUAUUUCAAUUCCUCUUGAGGUUAUAUCUUGUCUUCCCGCUCUCGUCCAAGAUCAUCACCACCGCUGGGGUGGUGGUGGAAGCAGCGUGGGCCGGUGCAGCUUUCAAUCUCAUGCUCUUUAUGCUCGCCAGUCAUGUGAUCGGUUCCCUUUGGUACCUGCUGUCGAUCGAGAGGCAAGAAAUGUGUUGGAAGAGUGUUUGCGACGCUCACCCUAACUGCCACUACUUGUAUUUCGACUGCAAGACCGCCGGAGAUUCCGACAGAAGAUCUUGGUUUGCAUCCAGCAAUAUUACGGCAAUGUGCGGAGCAGGUACUCAAUUCUAUGAUUUUGGGAUCUACAGAGACGCGCUGACUCACGGAGUUGCCAACUCCAGCUUCCCUAAUAAAUACUCCUACUGUUUCUGGUGGGGACUGCGGAAUCUAAGCUCUCUUGGACAGAAUCUACUUACAACUAGUUAUAUCGGAGAAAUCAAUUUCGCCAUAGCCAUUGCAAUCCUGGGAUUGGUGCUUUUCGCGUUGCUCAUAGGCAAUAUGCAAGCAUACCUCCAAUCUUCAACGGCACGGUUGGAGGAGUGGAGGGUUAAAAGGAUCGACACCGAAAAAUGGAUGCGACACCGGCAACUCCCUGACGACAUGAAGCAGAGGGUGCGCACUUACGACCUGUAUAGAUGGGUUACGACGCGAGGAGUUGACGAGGAAGCUAUUCUGAAGAGCCUGCCUCUGGAUCUCCGGCGAGACAUCAAGCACCAUCUCUGCCUCGACCUGGUUCGCCGAGUUGCCCUUUUCGAGGAGGUGGACGAGCUGAGCCUGGACGCCAUCUGCGAGAGGCUGAAGCCCGUGCUGUGCACCCCAGGGACGUGCCUGGUCCGCGAGGGCGACCCCGUGGUGGAGAUGCUCUUCAUCCUCCGCGGCCGCCUCCACUCCUCCACCACCAACGGGGGCAGGACCGGUUUCUUCAACUCUACCCAGUUAGGAUCGGGGGAGUUCUGCGGGGAGGAGCUGCUCAGCUGGGGGCUCUACCGCCGCCCCACCCUCCUCCUCCCCACCUCCACGCGGACCGUCACGGCCAUCACGGAGGUCGAGGCCUUCGCCCUCGGGGCGGAGGACGUCAAGUUCGUGACGUCGCAGUUCAGGAAGCUGCACAGCAAGCAGCUCAAGCAUAAGUUCAGGUUCCACUCGCAGCAGUGGCGGACGUGGGCCGCCUGCUUCAUCCAGGCUGCCUGGUUCAGCUACAAGAGGAGGAAGGACGCCGCCGCCCUCAAGGCCAGGGAGAGCUUCGCCGGAUUAAUGGGUAAGGACCGCUGCAGCUCCUUGCCGGCCAAAGCGUCCGCCUUCUCCGUCUAUGCUUCCUGCAUUCGGAGCCUCAGGAACGCGUCGCACUCGUCCUUGAUGGACAAACCUGCUGAGCCUGAUUUUUCCACUCAUGAUACUCAAACAUAGCUUUUCUACACCUACCACUUAUGCAUUUGUUAAUAUUUCCAAUAAAAUUUCAGAAUAUUUUCUACCUA